AUGCGGUCUUUUUCAGGCUGUUAUUCCAAGAGAUCGGUAUUUCGGCCUUUCCAGAGUUAUGCUAGAAAGAGGAGUCGAAGCGAGGUCGUUGAAGAUUUUGAUGCGAUUGAUACCGGUGACGCUUUUGAGGCGGGUCAUGUCUGGGUUGAUGUUCCGGACGAACUUCACUUCGUCCAUGUUGAAGAUCCUUACGCGGAGCAGGACAGCAUAAGGAUUGACUAUCCUAAUGACACAAGGGAGACAUCUUAUACUGCGGAAGUGGAGCAGAUUUCUGAGUCUCCUGGGCCAGAAUUAGACCUUUGGGCUGAUGGUUCUCUUAUCGUUGAAGGGGAAGCAUAUGCUCCAGAUGACGAGCCAGGAACACCUCCAACUCCCGGCGAACAUCCAGAUCAUUCAAGACUGGCAACGCUUCAUCUACUCAAGCAUUACAAAGAAGGACCAGGUGUCUGGUUCGACAUCUUUGACACUGGUUGCUAUUUCUCAGGCAAAGUCCCUGUCAAAGCAGCAACGAGUCCCCUUCUCAAGUCAUCCAUGUGUGCCAUCGCAGCCAAGCACUUGUAUCGCGUAAACAAGAGUCAUCUGAAUCCAAUCUCCGAUGACUCUAGAUGGCAAGGUUAUGACUGGCGCUAUGAAUCUGCAAAGCACUACGAUGAAGCUAUUCACCAUCUAAAGAGUGCGGUUGACCUUUGUACGUACGAGAAAAACUUGAGUGAUAAAGAGGAUAUGCUUGCUGCGGUUGCUAUUCUCUGUAUCUACGAACUGAUGGAUGCACCUGGGACAGCUUGGAGAGCUCAUCUCAGCGCUUUGCCUCUGUUCAAUCCAACGGAGGAUAGUUCACAUCCUGCUUCACCAGUCGUGAUACCGCGCACGGCUAUUCAGGGUCCUAUUCUUUGGAGCUUAGCACGUCAGGAUCUUCUCUGCGCUUUCAUCAGCGAAACGCAAACUCGUCUUGAUCUCAAAGACGUACGUCUUUGGCAGAACGCAGGUCUCGCCACCACGGAAGAUGGAACCCUCAUGCCCUUCAGUCCUCCAUGUUCAGCGGAUAUUCGUACCGCAGCUGAUAUCGAAGAAGACACCAAGAGUAAUGAGCUGACAUGGCUCAUUGGCAAGCUCUCAAAUCAUCUCACCUCAGGCGACGCAAUAAAUCCCUCGGAUUACGCACUCCCUCUUGGUCAACGUCCAACCAUUGGCGUCACACAAGAACGUCUCCUCGAACGCUGGAAGAUGCUGCUCAAAGAAUUCAAGAAAUGGCACGACAGUCUCCCACCAACAUUCAGGCCAUAUGCCCGAACACCGUACCCUUCAUCAGGCUCAUGUUUUAGCAGCUUCACCCAAAUAUGGUACGAACUCCCCAUCUGCGCUGCAACAAUGCAAAACUAUCACAUGGCCAUGAUUCUCCUCCUCGUGAACCAACCACAAGAAUCAACAUUCAUUCGCUCCACUGUCUCGGCGCGAUUAAAGUCUUAUCGACAGAUCCAGCGAGAGGUACAUCACUACGCAAGAGAGAUUUGUGGUGUUAGUCUAGCAGAGCCCUCGGAUCCCGUGAGAGCGAAUUCAGUGCAGGCGUUGUUUGUUGCGGGACAGGUGUUUUAUGAGAAAGGCGAGCAGGAGGCGGUUCUAAAGCUUUUGGAUGAUAUUGAGAGGGAUUUGGGAUGGACCACCAGUUUUCACCGGGCAAAGCUUGUAGAUGAAUGGCCUACAGAUAGCUAA